AUGCCGAGGAAGGCCCCCCUCCAAGAAAACGCGAUGGAGGACGACGACGAUGAGGCGCCGCCCCCUCAAAAGCCCCAGCAAAAGAAGCGCAAGCGCCGCGAAGCUAAAGAUAGGACGCCCGUCAUGGACGGCCAGACGGAGGAGGAACGCCGGAUUCUGAGGCAGGAGCAGCGCAACCUGCAGGACCGAAUCGGCGAGCGCCGGGCGGCGAUGUGUGCGCUCGACUCGGACGAGUUCAAGAACCAGCGGGCCGCGAACAACGGCCUCUUCAAAAAGGUUAGAUAUAAUCGGGAGAUGGUCAACGAUGGAGACAUCAUGGUCGGGCUGGCCGAGUGCGCGGUCGCGCGCGCGGGCGCUCUCGCGAAAAGUGUGAAGCAGUACGGCGCGAAGGACAUCUGCGACGCUUUGAAGGAAUCGUAUUCCAAUUCUCGGGGCGAGAUGGACUGGGCUGCGCUAGGGAGAGACGGCGCUGGGUUAUUCAGAGCACCCCCGGAGCUCAACUUCUUCUGCGGGCCGCUCGAGAGACCUGUCAAGGAGCGGAAGAAGGUCGAAAGGAAGAAGAAGGCCGACCUCAAGGAUGAUGGUGUGGGAGAAACAAAAUUCGAGCAGCGCGAGGGCGGCAGCGGCGACGGCGACGAGGUUUGUGAUACGGUGUCUGCAAUCAACCCCCCCGGGCAAAUUGCCCUCGUCAUGUUUUACCACGUAACGAGGGUCCAGACAACUCGGGGAUAGUAGAGAUGGGCAUCCGGAGUUCUUCCACCGCCCGCGUCGCCCUUAAGGUCACCUCCCCUUCCCAAUGGGAGGCACCGAGUCAUAGCGACGGUUCAUAUAUCUACACACAGCGCGACGAGGCCACGAACCUGCGCCUGCAGCGGUUGAACGACGUCAUGGCGGCGAAGAUGCGCGCGGCUUCUGUAGAGCCCAAGCCGGCCGACGAGGAUGCUGAGACCGCGGGGUUGGACCUGAUGUCGCUGCUCGUGAACCCGGACUCGUUCUGCGAGACGGCCGAGAAUUUCUUCGACCUGUCGUUCCUCGUCAAGGACGCGCGCGCGACCGUCGGGGUCGAUGACUCGACGGGUUUACCCGUGUGUCGUUUAGCCGAAGCCCCGGACGGCGCGGUCCCCAAGACCCAGAACGUGGUGGUAUUAUCGAUGGCGGACUGCAAGGCCAUCGGCGAGCUCUGGGGCAUCGAGAAGCCGCAGCUGCCGCGCGAGGACGGGGCGCGCGAGCGGGCGCAAGCCGCAGCUCAACGCGCUCCUCCGCCGCCGCCCGACGAGGGCGAGGAGUCGGACGCCUACUGACGGCGGUGACACGUGUAAUAAGUAUAGAUAUCCGGAGUUUCUCCGUCCGUUGUCCGUUGUCGCCGCGCGUCUCUUCCUCCGCUGUGGCGAGGUCCCGCCGAGAGGAGACGGGACGCGAGAGAAAAUCUGCCCGCCAACACGCAGCUGCCGCCCCAUCAAAAUCGAAACAAGGGGGAUAGUACACCUGUGAGACCGCGGACGGGCGCCCCGGUGGGACCGGUCCGGGUCAGAGUAACGACAAGCAGACGGACGUAGGAGGCGCCUUACUA